CGUUGAUGGAUAAUGAUGUUACAGCUUUUCGUCCCUUGUCGCGAUGCAUGAUCAUCUAUAUAACGAUCCAAAAAUGCUGCAAUAUACCCUCAGAGGCUCACUCCUUGGUGGCUUUUUCUGGUUUCAAGUUCUUUCUCCGGACGCGGGCGGGUCUACAAAGCGCUAGCUUCCAAGGCGGAUAUUAAUAACCCCUCCGCUUAAUUCCCUGCAAGAUUCUCGAGCAGGUCUCACAUCUGGGGACCAUUCCGAGGCUCCACCCCUUCUUUUCCGUGCCAGCUCACUCGAAAACCACUACCUCCAGCCUCAAUCUGUCUGGUGCCAGGCGCCCAGCAGAUAUGGUGCAGUCUAUUUUGCUCCCUUCAACAGAUGUACAAGACUUGGAUUCUACUAUUCGCGAACUUCUCGACCAUCCUGAUUUCCGGUCAAUAUCUACCUUCUUUCUAGGCUGGGCUUUUUUCAGCAGUCUGCAUUAUGUUCAAGAUUCGGCUUUCAUGAGGAUACAAGUGCGAAGGUGCAAGGGGCUAUUUGCGCACGCGCACCCUGGUGGGCGGCCGGUCACGGCCAUAGAAGCUGGGCGAGAGCGCACGGAGUACCUUGCCGAUCGUAAACACGACCCGUGGUACACUCGCAAUGCUGGCAGCAUUGAACGGCUCCGACGAGAGGAGUCUGCCACGCUAACUUUCCUUCUAUCGGUUUCUUUUGGAAUAGCGAGUCUGUCGCAGUUCUUCUCUCUCCUGAGUUUUGGACCCGGUCAAACUUCUCAGACGUCGUGCGCAUUUGUCAUAGCUUUUGGAGAUAUCGCAUCACAAGGGGCUCGAAUUAUAGGGCUUCUCCUCCUUGGCUUCGAAUUGAAGCGUCGUCAUGUCCUGCGAUGGGAGUUUUGGUUGAUUUUAGCAUGCCUGGCGAUCGUUUUUGCUCUCAUAUUUGGGGAUAUUGCUGCUGGCAUUGGACUGGUCUACCGUGUAGCACCAUCGUCCAUAUUUGUGUGUUUCAGAAAACCCUACCUGCCCACCUCAUUACUCAUGUCGCUCAUCACCAUCAUCCUCGAGGUCUACUUGAUUGUCCGAUUUAUUCUGUUGUCCGCACCUCGCCAUCUUGCAUUUACGGCUCUUGAAGACGUCCACCUCGUUCAGGCAGGGAGUCUACUUCUUCUCGAUAUCUUAACUAUUGUCCCGGACUCUACGAAGACUAAUACUCUCGCUCAAUAUAUUCCCUUCAGCAUCGGUGCCAUUCUUGUACUCGCUGCUUUCAAUGCGCGGAAGAAUACUCCAUUACCUGUUGUUCAUAUGGAAAUACCAGCAGCUCGCUCGUUUCUUGACAUGCGUCCCACAAUUCCAUCUGCCGCCAAUACAACAGCUGCUCCAUGGCCCUUCGCCUCCUUUCAUAACUUUUCGUCUUCCAUUCAAAACGACAGCAAUGAGAGUCGAUCCUGGAGACCGACGUCUGGAAUCAGCACUAGCUCACAUGUUUAUUCGGAAAGCGCAGAUCAUGUUGAUCAGCCUGAUGUUCGUACACCGGAGAAAUUGCAUUUCCCUCUUUCGAACACAGAGAAUGGCCUUGGAAGUUCUUUCCCGUCUGCAUCACAGGCGUCACCCAGUAACAUACAGCAGAGGAUCAUGCCCUUUCAAGCACAAUUUGCAGAAAGUUGGGAGACUUAUCCACAGCCCGAAGGCCUUCCCAUUCGCAGUAGGCCGAAAAUAACUGUGAACGUGGAAUCGUUGUCCCUUAGUCCCAGCCCAUCCGUUGCUGACACCGCCUCUAUUCACCCUGGAAACACAUUGCUAUCUGCGCGGAGUCCAGGGUCAACUAUCUUUGGUUCCGAUAUCAUACGGCUAGCAUCACGGAAGGAUCGGACGAAGGGACGUGGUGCUCCUUCAGCGCGAACACCUAGUCUCUAUUCCCGCCGGUCCAUGGUGUCCUCACCGUCUCGUUCCUUCCGCCACCAAUCGUGGACCACCAUUCCAGAUAUGCCAGAUCGCCUCCCGGACAUUUAUGAAGCGAGCAAUCAUCCACAUGUGCCUCGGACCCCUACAUUUGGGCGCAGAUCAAUUCUGACGCAGAUCUCGCCUGGUGAACCAUUGUUUCCACCGCCACCGCCUCUCCGCUACGUGGAAGAGCCCUCUUCGUCUCCAUCACAUCCUAAUAGAUUCAAGUCUGAUGGGAUCGGUUCAGUUAAGGGUCCCAGGCCUCUCCCACGCCCAUUGUGAUUGCCAACUUUAUUGGCUGGCGCUCUGGUUUCAUGCAUUGGGGAGAUGACGUGGCCUUGCAUAUGACUUUCAUGAUCCGUUGUGCUCACUACUGUACCCAAUUGUAAUAAUUGUUACUCAUAGAAUUGACGUCGUUUUCGCAGCGG